AUGAAAGUAGCCGCAGAGCUCCCCCUACGUAUUCUGACCCACAAUAUCCGGUAUGCAACCUCGUCGCCCUUCGAGGGCGAGCGACCCUGGGCCGAGCGCAAGCAACUACUCCUCAACGAGCUACACUACAAUACACGCCAUCAGGACGCGUUCAUCUGCCUACAAGAGGUUCUACACAACCAGCUGGUGGAUAUCCACACAGGACUAAACUCCUCUCCGCAUCCCUCCUCCGCCAACCCGACCUGGGAGUACAUCGGGGUCGGCAGAGACGAUGGUCGCGAAGCAGGCGAGUAUUCCCCGAUCUUCUACCAACCCUCCGUCUGGCAGCUCCAGCACUGGGAGACCGUCUGGCUGUCCGAGACCCCGGACGUGCCCUCUAAGAGCUGGGACGCCGCCUCAAUACGCAUCGUCACCGUGGCUGUUUUCACCCAUCGUGCGAGCAGCCGGAUGGUGCUGGCACUAAACACCCAUCUCGACGACCAGGGUUCCCGCUCCCGCUUCGAGGCCGCCCAUAUCAUUCUGGCUAAGAUUGAGGAGUAUCGGACGAAAAUAUUGUCUGGGAGUAGCACCAUCUCGGGUGUGUUUCUCGCAGGCGACUUCAACAGCCAGGAGCACCAGGAGGCCUAUGCGGUGCUGACUGCGCCGGAGUCGCCGCUGGCCGAUGCCGCCAAGUUGGUGACACCCACGGAACAUUACGGCCACUCUUUCACGUGGACCGGGUUCGGCCAUGAAGGCCAGGAUCCCACGCGCAUUGAUUACAUCCUGCUGGAGUCCGCGGCGGACAAGGUAUUCAGCCAUGGUCGCCAACCGUGGUUCAUCGAGGGGUAUGCCGUUCUGGACAACCGGUUCGAAGAUGGGGUGUUCAACUCGGAUCAUCGGGCGGUGGUGGUUGAUGUGCUCUUGGGAGAAUAG